AUGGAUUCUGAAAUUUAUAUUACACUGAACAAGUUUGAAAAUUUUACAGGUAUCGAUGGAGAAUCAAUUGAAGAAUUGAUCAAAAGGUAUAUCGAGUUAUAUUGGGAGAUGGUGAGAUUGAAGAUAAUCAAGACAAAUGAGGAAUGGGUUAACAAGUUAGGAAAUGCUUUACCGGGUGAUGGAUGGAGAACGUAUCUGUCAGAUUUGAAGAAGAUAUACUUAGACGUGAAUUUGAGUUUGUUUAUCGAGAAGAUUAAAGAGCGAGAACGUGAAUUCCAAAAGAUUAGUAAGGCAGAAGCAACUGAUAAAGCAAAAUUCAAAUCUGAGGAAAUCGUUCGAGAGGUAGAGGAGCAGGUCAAAGAAAUUUCAGCUAUCAAGGUCGAGACGAAAGCUGAAGCUAAGAAACGAGCAGCAAAAGAGUUGAAAAAGGUGAAGGUUGAAAGUGUUACUGGGACAAUGAAGAAUGAACAAAGCAAGGAAGUUAAUGUUGUUGAGAGGAAUGGUGAAGUUGAGAAAGUUAUUGAAGUAGAAAAGAUUGUGGAAGUCAUCAAGUCUUGCUUAAAGUGUUCAGAACCUUGCAAGCAGUGUGAAGAAAAAGAUGAGAAGUUGGUUGAACAAGAAAAGAUGAUAGAAAAGUUACUGUUUGAUCUCAAUUAUGUGAAAGAAUCUUACGAUGUGCUGAAUAGAACGGUGUUGGAUACAGAUGAGGAGUCGGAGUCAAAGUUUGAGUCUGAAAGUCCGGGAUCAUCAUCAGUUGGCAGUCCAAAGACGUCGGUUAAACGGGUUUAUAAAAUUAUGUCUCCCGUUCCUAAAUACAAACACCUAUCCGGCCAUCAAAAACGUAAGAGGAAGAAGCUAGAGGAAGAGAAAAGAAAGGCAGACGAAGUAAAACAAAACCGAAUACACAAGGAGUUGAUCGAGAGCUUUGCUUCAAAAAACGCUAGGAGAACCACACUGUUUGCUUAG